UUUAUCAUCAUAUCCUCUCAAUCAUUUUCACACUUCUGAUCUCUCCGUUUUCGAUCGUAUCAUUGACUCUAGAUUGAGGGAUUUAGGUUUUUGGUCGGCCAUGGAUAUGUCGGACAUGCAAUCGGAGGGGAAGUCGCCGAGAAGGGAGCUCCAAGGGCCUCGGCCGGCGCCGCUCAGAGUACGUAAAGACUCGCACAAGAUACGGAAGCCUCCGGUGGCGCCGUCGCAGCAUCCUCCGCCGCAAGCGCCGCCGCGGCCGCCGGUUAUCAUCUAUACGGUGUCGCCCAAGAUUAUCCAUGCAAACCCUAGUGAGUUCAUGUCGCUAGUGCAGCGCCUCACCGGCCCGGAUCACUCCACCUUCGCUGCUGCUGCUUCUUCUUCGUCGUCAUCGAUAGCUGCUGCGUCUUCGUCGUGGUUGUCGGCGGCGGCCUUUCAGGACAACUUCAACGUCGGCGGCGGAGGCGCGGUGUCUCCGGCGGCGCGGUUUGCUUCCGUGGAGAGGACGAGGACUCCGCAGGGGAAAAAGCAGCCAAUUCACGACGUCACGGCCGACAUAGGAAUGGUUGAAGGGAUGGAGAUAAGCAGUGAUGUUGAAAGAAGCGUUUUUUUUCCGGGGGUUUUGUCGCCAAGUCCGUCGUCUCUCCCACCAAUACCGCCCAAUUUUUUCUCUCCGCCGUCGUCCGAUCAAAACCCUCUAGGGUUUUUCCCAGAUUUCAUUAGCCCUGGGUUACACACCAACAACAGAAACUCCUUAGAAACGAAUUUGUUUAUGCCUAGCCCUUCCACCAUUAAUAGCUUCAUUUCUCCCGGCCGGUUCUUAAUCUCUCCAGGUACUCCAUCUCUAGACUUCUUCAAUAAUAUCUUUGACCUUUAGACCCCCCAUUUUUGUGCAUCCGUUAUACUGAUGGAAUGAGAAGGAAGAUGAUGAGGAGGAUAAAAAGGGAAUUUCACACUCAUGGUUCAUGAAAUGUGGUCGGAAUAAUGGCCGGAGAUCUGUCACGGGAAAGAGUCAAGCCAAGAGGUUCCUUUUUUCUCCUCCUAAUUAUUACAGUAAUUGAAAUGGUGGGCCAUUUUGGUACAGCAAUUUAGGUUAGGAUUAUUGUUAUAGUUUUUACUAUUAUUUUUUUUGCCUCAAAUUUCUUUGUGAUAUAUUCAUCCAAGAUUGAGAUAUUAUGGGAUCAUAUACUUGUACAUUUAAUUUGUUGGCUUGUUGUUUUCGACAUAAUUAACAUUGCUCAUUCAUUGACU